AUGUUCCGCGCAAUCAAAGACAUCGCCGUCGCCCACUUCAGGCCCGCCCUAGACGCCCUCUUCUUCGGCCGACACCUCCCUUGGUCCCUGCGCUGGCGCCUCCUAGCCUUGCAACCCAUUAUCUUCCUAACACACUCCCUCGCGCUAGCGCCCUACCUAUUUCGACGUCCCUACAAGAUCCGCUACAUCCCUAUCAAGAGUGAUCGAUCCCUUCGCGUCCUCGUCUUCAAAGAGCCCGGGACCGGGUCGGGUCGCAAUGGUCUUCGCCCACUUCACGUGGACUGCCACCCCGGCGGCUUCGUGGGCGGCAUCCCGGAGGCUGACGCGCCUUUCUGCUCCCUGGUUGCGAAGGAGACUGGUGCUGUCGUCGUGAGUCUGAGCUAUCGUCUCGCGCCGGUCCAUCCCUUUCCGGCCGCUAUCGACGACGUUGACGCCGCGCUUGCGUGGCUGCGGGAGCAUGCUGAGGAGGAGCUAGGUGCUGACCCGAGACUCAUGACGGUCUCAGGGGCGUCUGCGGGCGGGAACCUCGUUCUGGCAGCCAGCCAGAACAUCCCCUCUGAGGAGUUUGCGAUCAGGGCGGCGGUCACGUUCUAUGCGCCAAUCGACCUACGCCCGAAGCCGGAGGAGAAGCCUCGUCCAGCGAAUUUCCCGUCGACAGAUCCGCUAGCCUUCAUGUUGCCUCUGUAUGAUUCCUAUGCGGCACCCGCCAAAGCAGCGAACUGGGAUAACCCGAGGAUGAGCCCCUACCUUGCAAGUGAGGAGACAUUGCCUCAGAGGAUGCUGCUUGUGGUGGCUGCGAUUGACAUCACUGUUCAUGAGCAGUUGACUUUUGUUGAGAGGGUGAGAAAGGAGCGUGAGGAUAAGGGUAAAGAUGGGCAAAGUAUAGAGGCCUUUGAUCUAGAGAAUGCUUUCCACGGCUGUCUGGAGGAAUACGCAUACUGA